ACUUGCGCGAUUUUCAUAACUGUCCAUCACGUCCGCUUUGCUGGAUUAAUUAUUUAAAAAUGUAAAUAAUCAUUUUUUUUUCAGUAAAAAUAAAAUAAAUCAGUGACCACAGUGAUAGUGAAAUUGAGAAGGUCAUUAUUGAUAUUUACGAAAUACUGUAUUCAUCAUAUAAUCAUAGAAAAAAAUGUCUGAACUUCGGCAAAGAACGGUAGGGGAGUCAUCAGACAUCACCAGAGAUUUUCGUGAUGAUCAGAAAGAAGAUAUUGAAUCAGAAGAUGAUGCUAAGCUUGAUGUUGAUGAAUUAGCUAAAACUCUACCACAAGGAACAGAUCAUACCCCGGGUAUUCUUUCAUCCGUAGUUUCUGGCUUACCUGAUCGCUGGAAAAACUGGGUUAUCCGUGGUAUUUUCACAUGGCUCAUGAUCGCCGGUUUCUGUUUGAUUAUUUAUGGCGGUCCUCUAGCUCUGAUGGUCACAACUUUAGUUGUUCAAGUAAAAUGUUUUGCAGAAAUUAUUAAUAUUGGUUAUGCGGUAUAUAGAAUUCAUGGUUUACCAUGGUUCAGAUCUCUAUCAUGGUACUUCUUGAUUACAUCCAAUUACUUUUUUUAUGGUGAAAAUUUGAUGGAUUACUUUGCAGUAGUCAUCAAUCGAACCGAUUAUUUAAGGAUUUUAGUUACUUAUCAUCGGUUUAUAUCAUUCUGCCUAUACAUUGUAGGCUUUGUUUGGUUUGUCCUGUCUUUAGUGAAAAAAUAUUAUAUGAAACAAUUUUCAUUGUUUGCAUGGACACACGUAGCUCUGUUAAUUGUUGUCACACAGAGUUAUUUGAUUAUACAAAAUAUAUUUGAAGGGUUGAUAUGGUUCAUUGUUCCAGUUAGUAUGAUUGUUAUUAAUGACGUCAUGGCUUAUGUUUUUGGCUUUUUCUUUGGACGAACGCCUUUGAUUAAGUUAUCACCCAAGAAAACAUGGGAAGGAUUUAUUGGUGGUGGAAUAUCGACAGUUAUAUUCGGAUUAUUGAUGUCUUAUGUUAUGUGCCAAUAUCGUUAUUUCGUCUGUCCAAUUGAGUAUAGUGAAGCUCUAGGACGAAUGACGAUGAACUGUGAACCAUCCAGUCUCUUUAGACCACAAGAAUAUACCCUUCCAAUUAGCUUGCAAGCUAUAACUCGUGUGCUAAAUAUCAAGCCAAGUGUAACCAUGUAUCCAUUCUUACUCCAUUCAUUGUCAAUGUCAGUAUUCAGUUCAGUAAUCGGACCAUUUGGAGGAUUCUUUGCCAGUGGAUUUAAACGAGCUUUCAAAAUUAAAGAUUUUGGAGAUGUAAUUCCUGGUCAUGGAGGAAUAAUGGAUCGAUUCGAUUGUCAGUACCUGAUGGCUACGUUUGUUAAUGUUUAUAUUUCAUCAUUUAUUCAUACAUCUUCACCUCAAAAAUUACUGCAACAAGUUUUAAAUCUAAAACCUGAACAGCAAGUUCAAUUCUUCGUGUCAUUACGCGAUGCUUUAGUACACAGAGGAGUAUUCAAUUCAACUUAAGGUAAAACAAAAAACGAAUAAUUUUUUAAAUCAAUUGAAUUUUCAAUUUAUUGAAAAUUUUGGAAUCUUUAGGCCAAUUUUAUUUUGUAAUUAUUAUUACUGUAUAUCGACCAACAAUUUGCAAUAUUGUAUGAUCGAUUACUAAAGUGCAAUCAUUCCAUAAUUUUUUGAUUACAGAAAAUUAAAUUUAUUUUAUUGCUUUAGUACCUCGUUAUUUUUAAUAAUUCAAUCAAAUAUUUUUUAAAUAUUAUUUAAUAGUAUGCUAGGCUGAAAAAAUAUACAAUUAUUGUUAACAAUUAAUAAUACUGAUUAAUACCUUUCAGUAUGAUUUUCAACUUACAUUAUUAACGAUUUUCUCUCUAUCUUCUUAUUAUUAAACAAAAUGAAUUAAAUGAACACGAAUAAAAAAGGAAGCCAAAGAUUUAUCUUAUAA